AUGAGGCUCAACAUCCCAACCUUACUCCUUGCUGCUGUCCCAGCAGCCGUCCAUGCAGCCUAUCCAGAGGAUAUCGUUUACUAUUGGGUCGACCAAUCUGCUCUCUUCGUGAACGGAACCAUCGUCAACGGUCUCUCGUCUCCCCUCUCAGCCUGGUACCAAGCAGUUGUGCAAGCUGCUGUCUACCACGCAGCUGUCAGAUCCAAGCACGAGACCCUCGCAUUCCAGCAGUUAGCCAUCUCUCACGCCGCUCAUGAUGCCAUUCUCUGGGUGUUCCAAGGCACCCGUGGGUACGGAGCGGUCGAUGCUGCUCUACGUGCUGUAAUCCCGCAAAUCGGGCUGGAUCCUGACUCCAAGAAGGGCAAAGAGGCUGCGCGUCUGGGCCAGAUAUCCGCUGCUAAGGUGGCUGCUGCUCGGGCAGAAGAUAGGCGGACGAACUUUGUGGACUUUCACUAUGGCCCGCAGCAACCGGGUGUUUAUCAGUACACUCCAGGGUCUCAACCCCUACCAGAUACGCCGCAGGCGAGGUUUAUUACUCCGUUUGCUGGACUGGGAGAUAUCAGUCGCUUUAGGUCACCGCCUCCUCCAAAGACGAGCUCUAAGGAGUAUGAGGAGGAUGUGCUCUAUGUUAAGGAGUAUGGGUCUCUCAACUCUAAGUCUCGCUCGGCGUAUGACACUGAGACAGCGUACUUCUGGCGAGAGUCUUCUGUGACUGGCUGGAACCGCUUCGCAGGCAACCUCCUCGCCGGCCGGUACGCCACGAACCCCCUUGCCUCAGCCAAACUCUUCGCCCAGCUCAACUACGCCCUUGCAAAUGCUGGCAUCGCAUCCUGGGACGUAAAGUACGCUUACCAGGGCUGGCGCCCCAUCACAGCCAUCCACUACCCGGGCAUCUGGGUCUGGUCUGGCAAAAACAUCUCCGACCCAUCCUGGCAACCCCUUCUCCGCCCGACGCCGAGUCACCCCGACUAUGUGUCGACACACUCAACGUUUGGAGCGGCUGCGGCGGCGGUACUGAAGGCCUGGAAUGGCGGGAGGGAUAGGAUCCCGCCGACGACGUUGAGCAGUAAUGUCACUGUGGACGGGGUUGGUGUGAUUACACGGACGUAUACGAGUUUAGAUUUUGCGUCGGAGGAGAAUUCAAAGAGUAGGCAAUUUGGAGGAAUUCACUUUGCGUUUGCGGGUAGAGAGGGGGUUAAGCUAGGGACGAGGGUUGCUCAGGCGACGCUGAAGGUGUUUGAUGCACACUGGGAUAGGUUUUGA